GCUUUUGGCGCAGGCGCAGAACCGUGCGUCGUCCUGUAGCCUCGCCACCAACCGGUUCAUCAGCCAGUGGCACACUAGCUCGCGCAGAGCAAGUACGCAGUGCGCAGCGCGCACGCUCUCCUCCCAAUCUUAAGUAGAAAACGAGGUAGCUGCCUGCGGCCUACCUCACCACACCACACCGAGACGACAGGCUUCUUCCCACCGGACGUGCGCAGGAUCGCGACUGCCUAGCUACCCAGAGCUUGGAGAAUCCUUACUCCUGCCAGCUGAGCUCUCCGGUGCUUCUCUUCCUUCCUUCCAGCAUCUCGGCCGAUCUUGGCUGUUUGCUCUGCGUCUUGGUACGUAACGUAGGGGCUCGCUCAUGGAGGCGGCGCUGGUUCUGGUGGCGGCGGCGGCGCUCCUGCUGUCCCCGGCUCUUGUCGCCUCAGAUUUCUGCGUGUGCCGGUCGGACCAGCCGACGGCGGUGCUGCAGAAGGCGAUCGACUACGCGUGCGGGCAGGGCGCCGACUGCACGGCCAUCGAGCAGAGCGGGGCGUGCUACAGCCCCGACGAGGUCGCCGCGCACUGCUCCUGGGCCGCCAACAGCUACUUCCAGAAGUUCAGGUCCUCCGGCGCCACCUGCGACUUCACCGGCGCCGCCACCCUCUCCACCACCGACCCCAGUUUCUCCGGGUGCACGUUCCCAUCCAGCGCCAGUGCCGCCGGCACCACCACCGGAACCGCCGGCACCACUACGGGAACCGGGACGACCACCACGGGCACCGGGACGACCACGGGGGGCACCUUCAGCCCCGGGAUGGGCACCGGGUUCAACAGCACCGGGCUCAACGGCACCGGGUUCAGCCCGGGGACCGGGAGCAUGGACGGCACCGCCGCGGCAGCCGGCUUGCUUCCGUCGAUGAGACUGGCGGCCUCCAUCGCCAUCCUCCUCCUCUGCUACUUGGCACUACCAUGAAGUCUGUGUGUCUGUCUUUUCUCAUGGCAGGAACACAUCAGCUAGCUUCAGUGGCCUUGUGGUCUGGUGUGCUAGAAGCAAGCUGAGAGUGUGGAUUUUGUGUAAUGGAAUCCAUCGAUCUGGAGACCUGAUCGUCGUUAUUGUUCCCUAGUGUCAUGGGCUAGCUGGGGGCGUCAUUUUGGUUCUAGUUUAAUUUUAAUUUAUGGCCUCCCACAGGCUGGUGGUGUAUGAUUUGGUAGGAUGGCUGUCUCUUUCCCUCUGCAAGGACCCUUGUCUUCCUUGUCUGUUUUUAUACUGUUGGCUACUCUUAAUCUUAAGCAUUUUCCUUUUUGCUUC